AUGGAGAAGUUUUCUUUAGGAUCAGAAAACCUUGAUCUGAGAAUACGGAUUGCAGAACUUGAGAGGGAGCUAGCGGACUAUCGUAGUGGAGCGGUCGCAAACUCGACUACUAAUGGGCAUGCGACACAUGGAUUAGAUGGGGAAGAUGAGGAGGAUGAGGAAGAAGAAGAGCUUCCCACUCCAGAGGAUCAAGACGACAAGGCUGUUAGACUUGACCUGGAUGAAUUUCGUCGCUAUGGACGACAGAUGAUUAUGACGGAGGUUGGUCUCGACGGUCAACUGCAACUUAAGCGAUCGAAAGUCCUCCUUAUUGGAGCUGGGGGAUUAGGUUGCCCAGCUGCAGCAUACCUUGCUGGUGCAGGAAUCGGCACUAUUGGGAUCGUCGACCAUGAUCUUGUUGAGCCUUCUAACCUACACCGACAAAUAAUGCAUACGGUCGAAAAAGUCGGCCACCCUAAAGUCAAGUCUAUAAUAUCAUCUUUGAAACGGAUUAACCCGAAUCCAAAGUAUAUCGCCCACAACUAUGCUCUAACGCCCGAGAAUUCCAUCGAGACGUUGGGCAAGUACGAUCUGGUUUUGGACUGCACAGAUUCACCUCAGACGAGGUAUAUGAUAUCGGAUGCCUGCGUGCUUCUCGGGAAACCACUGGUCUCUGCGUCAGCCUUGAGAUCGGAUGGUCAAUUGGUUGUCUUGAAUAAUCCACCUGGGGAAGGACCAUGUUAUCGAUGCGUUUUCCCCAAACCGCCCCCUCCGGAGUCGGUGCUAAGCUGUGGGGAAGGCGGAGUAUUAGGUCCAGUUGUGGGUGCUAUGGGGGUUCUGAUGUCGACCGAAGCUCUGAAGGUUCUGCUUUCAAAGGCAGAUAAGAAGAAACGGCGGAAGCCAGCACACUUAUCGCCGGAUAUACGUCCAGCCGAUGCGAAAGACGCUCCGAAGAAGGAAGAGUCGUUGGAGCAGAAAAAGUUCUAUAUGACAAUAUAUUCUGCAUUUUCGGAUACACCAUUUAGAACGAUCAGGAUGUUUGGAAAGAGAAAGACGUGUCAGGCUUGUUCACCUGUUGCUACAAUUACAAAAGAAUCUAUGAGGAAUGGAUCCUUGGAUUACGUGGCCUUCUGUGGAGGAAAGGGGAGUGGUAAAUAUCCGCCUUUGACGAAGGACGAGGUCAUAAACGUGGAGGAAUACAGUAAACUUCGCCAAAAUAAAGAAGGAGGAUUGUUAAUUGAUGUGCGAGACGAUGUUCAGUUUGGAAUUUGUGCUCUGGAGAACAGUAUAAGUAAGAAGUUUGGUUUGAAUCGACUCCCGUUGGCUUGA